GUUUACGGGGGCAUGGUGUCCGCUGAGCCGCAGGAGCUGCAGCUCGUGCGCGCGUGGAGGCCCACCCCGCUGGGGGAGUGGGAGAUCGGCACCGGGGUGGUGCACAGGGUGCACAAGGAGAACCAGACCAUCACUGUCCAGUUCCUGCCCGAUCAGCACAGGUGCCGCCUGCCCUUCGCCAGCGUGAAGCCAAUCCUCGACAUCACUCCGACGUACCCGAAGGUCCGCCUGAUGCCCGGCGAGCGCCUCCCGACCCGCACGGAGCUCCUCGCCCGGGAGCAGGAGGCGCACGCGAGGCGCCAGGCCCUGGGCAUCCCCCCCGAGCAGCCCCUGCCGGGCGACGAGGACCCGAACUCACUGCGAGCUGGCGAGACGCUCAACGAACACGGGCAUCCCGUCGUCAAGGAGGACCGCUGGGGCAUCCCCGGGCCCACGCUGGACGCGCUGCGGAACUACUCCAUCCCUGGCCUGCAGGUCGGCUCCGAGUACGGCUCCCACUUCUACUCGAAGCUGUACAGCAACAACUUCUACUCCCAGGCUCCGCAGAUGGUGACGUCGACGGGCCACGUAGGGGUGGACGAGCGCAAGCACAUGGCGCAGCACAUUCUCAGCCACCGGUACAUCCCGCUGGAGGGACCAGAGCUCGAGCAGGACCUUCGCACUGGCAGCUGGCAUGCCGUGGAGCCCGACGGCGCCGCGGAGCCGCCGGAGUCCCGGGGGUGGUUGGCUUACCUCUUCGAGUGACCUCCUGCGCUGUAUCCGCGGCCUUAAGUGUUCGAUCAUAGACCAUUCGUUACCGCAGCUGCCCAGCUUUCGCGCAGAGGACCGCCGAAGACCGCCGGAAAUCGCCAAAGGCCUGUUGGUAACACGGAGCCAAUGGUCGAACACGUAGCGCGGCCGCGCGGUGACGAGCGGCGACGCGCAUCUGACGCCCA